AUGGCUAAGUUUAAUAUGUCCAUGGUUUCGGCGUUUGUAGCUUUCCAACUUUUCGGAAUCUUUCCGGUCAUGGGAAUCCGUAAACGAGACCCGCUCGAUUUGCGUUUCAAAUGGACCAGUUUCAGAACCAUAUUUUCCCUCUUGAUUACUACCGUUGGCAUCGUUAUGUUUUACAUCGAACUCGAACGUCUGGACAAGGUGGGGGCCAAUGCUAUCAAUACAAUUGGGAUAGUGUUUUACGGAACCACGGUAAUCAGUAUGUUCCUGAUGAUCAAUCUUGCUCGAAAAUGGCGCCCAUUGGCUGUAAGGUGGGAGCUUUAUGAUCGUAGCUUGGUAAAUGAAAGAUUGGUUUCUGGAACGAAACUGUCCUCGAUUGUUCGAUUGUUAACUGCUAUAUUCAUUGUUGCUGGAUUUUUUGAGCAUUUGCUGGCAAAAACUAGCGACGGUGUUUCCCAAUACGAAGAAGCGGUGUACUGCCAUUGGGAUGUUAGCAAUUUCCUUCGAUACUUCGCCAAUCGACAUUAUUCGUUUGUUCCCAAAACCAUGCGAUUCAACAUAUUUAUACUCCUGUUUUUCGAGUUUUGUAACCUGGCGCUAACGAUGACCUGGACAUGUGUGGAUCUGACAAUAAUAUUGGUGAGCGUAUCGCUAUCGGUUUACUUUCAACGCUUCAACACUAAGCUGGAUUUGUUCCACGGAGGCAUUUCUGUAGUCGGAGAGCAGUUUUGGAUCGAGAUUCGUAAGCAGUAUCUGCAAAUAUGCAAUCUAGUAGAGGCAUCCAGCAACCUUCUGGCGCCACUUGUCAUAUUUUCCUGUGGCACAAAUCUCUAUCUGAUUUGCUUUCAUCUGGUAACGAUCUCCUGGCGAGCACAAAACAUUCCAACGAUGAUCAAAAAUUGGUACAGCUUGGUUUACAUGAUCUUCAAGACCGUAGCCGUUUUGUAUAGCGCAGCGAUGGUGAAUGAAACAUCGAAAUGCUCUUUAAGAAUGUUACUGAGAGUACCGAAUGCAGGCUGGUGCUUGGAGUUGGACAGAUUUACCAAUCAGCUGAGAACGCAACAGGUGGCACUGUCGGGAAUGGGAUUCUUCAGCCUCACGAAACAAACUAUGCUGGCGAUGGCUGGCACUGUUAUAACAUACGAGCUGGUCAUGUUGAAGGUAACCGAGGAUACCGAAGGUAUCGGAUAUGUGCCACCCUGUUCGAAGCUGGCGUUUUCCAAGGAUUAUUGAUUGAUCUGCC